AACAUUAGCAGUCUGCUACAGACUCAUCAUUCAGAGUCGUCUCUUAGUCUCAGGCACACGCACUCCUUCAAUUCAUCAAGAUGUUCCGCUACAUGCUCGUCGCUUCCGCCCUCUUGGCCUGCGCCUACGCCGCUGCCACCUACAACCAGGAUGGUGCUGCCUACAUCACCAAGCAAGGUGCCGAUAUCGAUCCCCAGGGUCCUUACAACUUCCAGUACGAGACCAGCAACGGAAUCGCCGCCCAGGAGUCUGGAAUCGGAGGACACCACGCCACCGGAGGCUACUCCUAUUACUCGCCCGAGGGUCAGCUCGUCCAGAUCUCCUACCUGGCCGAUGAGAACGGCUACCAGCCCCAGGGAGCUCUGCUGCCAACUCCUCCCCCAAUCCCAGUUGCCAUCCUGAAGAGCCUGGAGUACAUCCGCACCCAUCCCCAGUACGUCGAGCCCCAAAAGUACAACCGCUAUCAGUUCCAGGGUUAAGCGUAUAGAAACUCUUGUGUGAUUUGAAAGCUUUAUUACGAUUUCUAAGAAUGUUGAAAUAAACGAAAAGUUUAAAAGAAAA